AUGCCGUUUUUUACUAACAACGUAAUACAUGCAUUCUGUUUCAAAUACCAAUCUCUACAAGAAUCUCUAUUAUGUCAUAUGCCUGAUUCUGUAACAAGUAUAUGUGUAUGGCUUGGUUAUGUUAACUCUUUUCUCAAUCCAAUCAUUUACACAAUAUUUAAUGUUGAAUUUAGAAAAGCUUUUAAAAAGCUCCUCAAUUGUUAA